UAACUACAGCUGGGCUGGAUUUUGUUCUUGUGUAACCCAAAACACAUGGAACGAUUCGCAUGUGGUGUUUUUCUCCAACUCCAGAGCCUUGAUGAGCAGUCUUCACUGUCUGUUGUGUUUGUGGCAGACGUUUCAUGUUUCCAUGUUUUGACGGAAAUAUUUCAACCGAUACACACUAUGUUUGACGCCUUGAAGUGUUUAACCAUGUUUUGGAAGUGUUGAGAGAUGUUUGGGAACUGUCACAUUUGAUCUCUGAGGAUUAAGAUAUCUCUAAAGAUUUGACAUUUUUUCAUGGUUAAAAGUCUGACAUUAUGAAAUGCAUUUUACUUGUGAGCAGACUUCUGGCAUUAGUGCUUGCAUAAUAAAUGUGUGGCACAGCUGGAAAUAACCAAAAUUUGGGACCACGAUAAAUGUGCUUCUUCCUCUCUUGGUUCAGACAUGGAUUUACUGGGACACAGCAAAUGAUUACAAAACAUAGUUGAUGCUUUUGAAUGGUCUUGGUUGAUCCUGAAGGAAUUUAUGAAACAGAAAAAAUGACAAAUUUAUAUGUGUACUGUUUGAAAUCGCAACUGGAGAAGUCAUGGAUUCAGGAACAGACUUCGAAACAACAGCCAAUGAAAAAGGCUGAGGAUUUAAGUGCUUUUGCUAUGCCUCUCCUGGAGCCAGAUGUUCGGGAUGUGGCAAAUGAUUUCCCUGAUGGUGAAUUUCGUCCACGGGCAGGCUCAACAGGUCUUAGAGGCCUUUUCUCAGGGAAAGCCCGUCAGCGGAAUAAAUCAGGGGACGACUUCAAGGAAAGUAAAGGAAAUUCUCCAUCUGGGAGUCAUAGUGCUACUUCAAAAGUGAAAAAUUUCUUUGAUCAGUUUAGACCUCGGUCUAAAUCAGAUUUGUCAGGUGUUAAAAAACCAGGGAAAAAGCACAGUACUACCUCAGCUGCAAAUAAGAUGGACCAUUCUAUGGAUGAAUCCCAAUUAAGGGAUUCUUUAAUGAAUGCAAGGAUGAAUGAGCAUGGACCUAAACCUCAGGGGGCCAGUACGCCCAUGGGGCAGAUUCUUGAGAACCAAUUGAUGGUCCCAAAUGAUGGUCGGACUCGGCAUGCCUCGAGUCCAGCCGAUUUUGUGUUGAAUAGAUAUCGUGCUCGUUCAAAUUCAGAUUCUAAAACAAAAUCCCCAAGGAGACCACUAGUCCACCAGCGAAGUAUCAGCCCGCCUCAUUCACCUUUACUUUCACCUUUAAAGUCAUUUUCAUCAUCAUCCGAGCCUAAAUCUGCCCCACCUACUGUGACACGGCCGCCAACAUUGUCCAACAAUGACCACACACAUGCUAUUGUCUACAAAACAGAUGGACACCAUCAUAAGCUACUGGACUCCACAGAAAAAAUGGAGAUUGAAGACUUAGAUGAGAAUGAGGACCAGGUAUUUGUAAAGUUUAUGAGGGCCCACAAAUGCUACGACCUUAUUCCAACCAGUGCUAAACUUGUCAUCUUUGAUACACUGUUAAAUGUAAAAAAGGCAUUUUUUGCAUUGGUGUACAAUGGUGUACGGGCAGCACCACUUUGGGACAAUGUCAAGCAAGAUUAUGUUGGUAUGCUGACAAUAACAGACUUCAUAAACAUUCUACAGAAAUAUUACAAGUCUCCAGAGGCACGAAUGGAUGAACUUGAAGAACAUAAGAUACAGACAUGGCGAGAGGAGCUGAAGGACAAACAGAAGCCAUUUGUGUACAUUGAUCCUGACGCUAGUUUAUUUGAUGCUAUCAAGACUCUUAUUGACAAGCAUGUACACAGACUACCAGUCAUUGACAGACCAACAGGCAAUGCCAUCUACAUUCUCACACACAAAAGGAUCCUGCGCUUUCUGUAUUUGUAUAUCAAUGAACUACCAAAACCUAGUUAUAUGCAGAAGACGUUAAAAGAACUCAACAUAGGAACCUACGACAAUGUUGUCACAGCAACCACAGAUACCCCUCUGUACAAGGCUUUGAACAUGUUUGUGGAACACAGAAUAUCAGCACUCCCUGUCCUUGAUGCCAAUGGACGUGUUGUCAAUAUAUAUGCCAAGUUUGAUGUCAUUAAUCUGGCAGCAGAGAAGACCUACAACAACCUAGAUAUCACAGUAGAACAGGCCCUACAGCACCGUGAACAGGAGAUGUGGUUUGAAGGAGUUGUAACUUGCCAGGAGACAGACUCACUAGAUUCUGUCCUGGAGAAGAUCGUGAGAGCAGAGAUCCAUCGUCUUGUGAUUGCUGACUCUGAUCAGCAUGUAGUCGGUAUUGUGUCGCUGUCGGACAUACUCAAGUUCUUAGUUCUCAAGCCAUCAGGAUUUGAACCGUCUUUAAAAACAUCCUGAUUUCUACUCUAUACAUUGACUUGGAUAAGUUGAUAUUGGCUGGCUAGUUCAACUAAAAGAAAGGCAUUGUGAGGUAAUGGAACUGUCAAUCACCAAAGAUUUGAGGGUGGAGCUUCCAUUAUACUGGCCAAUCACAAAGAGUCUACAUAUUGAUUGGUCUAACCAUUCACAGGAAGAAAGUUGUCCGUCACUACAAGAUGAUCAGACACACAUUCAAAGCUUCAGUAUAGGACAGGACUGAUCUUAGCUCCAAACUGUGGAGAUAGUGCUGUUUAGAGUUUAUCAUUUUGUACGUUUUUUAAGUGAUUGUACCAGGCUUCAUAUGACUACUAAUUAAAACAAAGUUAAAGGUAUAGAAUAUUUAUUACUGUU